AUGUGCUUCAUCACAAUCGAGCUACCCUUCCUCAACGACAUGGACGGCCUCGAGUUCCUCGAAGAGUUCGACGGCAGACCUCCGGUCUCUGAUGAAGAGUUCAUCGAUGCUUAUCUCUCCCUUACCAAUCCCGCCGAAGCCCUCGCUGCUGACCACCCUGACCCUCACGAUAGCGGUCUCGUCAACGACCAGUCAAUGAACACUAACGCCCAGUCUGAAGAGUUUGAUGACACCUUCGUCCCCCUUCCCUCCCCCUUGGAUACACUCUUCGCUGAAGACCCUGAACCCCACGACAGCGAUCCCGUCAACGAUCAGGCAUCGGACAGUGACACCCAGCCUACUCCUCCCCGUCCUGCUGCUCCUGUUCCUGCUGCUCAUGUUCCUGUUGCUCCUGUUGCUGUUGCUCCUGUUGCUGCUGCUCCUAUGCGUGUUGCUCCUCCUGCAGGACCCACCAAGAAGGCCUGCACAGAGUGCUCUCGUCGUAAGAUGAAGUGCAUUCCAGUUGAGGGAUCUAACCCCAAGACUUGCCAGGCUUGCAACAAGAGGGGUUCGGUCUCCUUCAGCCAUCUGCUCAGCACCGAUCCAAAGCAAACACCCAUCACGAGUAUGGAAGCCGAUCACACUCCCACUCGCCAGAUAUCCGGUGUCGAGCCAACCUCUGUUGGACUCCGCGGCAGAUGUGACCACUGCCAUUAUCUUCACCGCCACUGCCGCAACGGCUCUACCACGACCCCAUGCGACAGAUGCAGAGAGAGUGGAGUGCUUUGCAGAUUUAGCCCACCCAGCUCCGUCGUGGACAAGCACGUCCCGGGCAGAAGGGUCAGGACCGGUAUUAAAAACUGCGGGUCUCUCAUGGUUGGUAGGUCUCUCAAAAUUCGAGUCUCGUGGAGUGCGACCGUUAACAAAGAGUCACAAGUGACUACAAAGAACAAGGGCGACGCCGCUCCUGCAAGACAAAACCCGAGUGUUGAUGAUGGUAGUGCCCGAGGUCUAGCAGUCAAGAAGACUGCUUCUGGAAAGUCUGAGCACACAAAUCGAAAGUCACAGAUGAUACAAGAGUCCAGAUUCAUCUUCUUCACUCAAGACCAGAUAAAUACACAUAAUUCCACGAUCGUGCUCCUACCUUCACUGUUCCCAAAUAGGCUUGAGCUCGAGUGGUCGGCUGCAUUUGCUAGUAUUAUUUUGGACGCGCUUCCAAAGGGUUCCGCCUCGAGCUUGACCAUCAUAUCAACAACAAUAUCGUGCGCUCUCAAUGUCUACGCGCUCCCCUUCCAACGACUUACCAACGGGAACGAGGUCACGUUCCCUAUCCCGUUCAACUAUGAUCUCUUGGAUCCAGUCCUUCGCGACCUCAAAGACGACUCGGCCUUCAGCGUAGACGCCAACUAUCACACUGCUGGCAAUGAAGACCAGAACUAUAUCUCCACCUUCAAUCAACGCACGAAUUACGAGUCUUCCAUCGCCAGCGGAGCUGACACCCACAACUUUGCUUCAAACCACGAAAACAACAACUCGGCUCCCUACCAGAAUUACACAACCCAUCUCGGCGAACAUUCUGCCUACCAUCUCGCCCCCUGUGGUCCAGUCCAGUUCGCGCCUUUGCAAGCCCUCGACGGUCUCAGAGGCCCGAGUAAGACUAUGCAGUUCUACAACUUCCCUGAUGCCGAGACUAUCCAUGAUAACUGCAUCAACGUUGGAAGAUCGGGUGCUAACACCGUCCUCCCGAUCAACGCCAUCAACGAAGACACCACUUAUCACCCUUUCGAACAAUCUACCAACUCAGAGCACCUUAUGGCUCUAGAGUCAAGAGCAAGAAGUGAUUCUUUCCCACGAGACAAGAUCUGUGCUUCUCCUGAAGCCGGCGGCAGCGUCAUUUUCUUGUUCCUUUCUUGUACAUUAGCUUUGCGAUCAAUCAUUGAAAACCACCAGGACCAUUCUCUUGUCCAGCAGUACUUUCAUGAUAGAAGUGAAUAUGUGAAUUUGUACGAGGAUUACUCACCAUCCACCAUGUCGGGCGUCAGCAGAUUUGACCUCCACCUCGUCAAUAUCAACAAGGCCGAGACUAUGGACGAGUUCAAGCAGGCCAAUGAAGCUCUGGCUCUCGAUGAGGACUACGCUGCCCCUGUUGAGAUGGUCGUCCACGACAACGAGGCUGACGGCGCCGCCGACGCUGAAGAUGGUCAAGAAGAAGGAAACGAAGAGGUCGUUGGCGAGGAAGAAGGGGACGAGGACGAGAGCACUGUCAGUGCCUCCUACGUUGCCUCAAGCCGCUAUCGCUACAUUCUCCCAGCUCCUCCUUCGACGACCACCACCACCCCCGCUGUCUCGACUGCUCCUACCCCAAUGUUCAUCCCGGUCACCUCCUCCGCUGGCCCUUCAACUGGCCCCUCAACUGUCCCGUCAGCUGCUGCUGCCAUCGCCGCCACCACUACCACCCGCGCUAGCCUACCGAUUGUUUGCGACGAGUGCCGUCGUAAGCACAAAAAGUGCAUUCGCCCCUCGGGCACCGGCUCCUGCGAAGGAUGCCUGCAUGCCCGCGGCGGUGCGAAGGUGCUGCAUCACGACCAAGGGCAACAGCGAGAGCGUCAAGAGUUCAAGAGUGUCAAUACUUUACACCCUCUUGCACCACAGCACUUGCACCCUACCAGCCUACCAUCAAACUCAUUGAUACGCUGCAUCUCAUCAUUGACCUCGACUGAUCCUGGCGCGCAGAAAGCAAUGUCUUUCGAAGACCGUCUGGACGCCGUGGCCGAGGUCAGUGAUGCUGAACUGUUCGACGCUGCUGUCGGUGCGCUUGGUUUCAGCCCUCGACUGAUCUCUGGCAACUACCUCGAGUAUCAAGUCUGGGGUGCCGAGGACCAAGACGAAGGCUUUUACGAGGACGAAGACACCGAUAUGGAGGAUGUAACGUCCGAAGAGGAUGCCGACGAAGAGGAAGCCGACGAAGAGGACGAGGAUGAGGUCUCAUUAAACGACGAAGAAGGCCAACUCUCUGAGCAGGAGAGCAACGACGAAGAUGAGGACAACAAGGAAGACGACUCAGACGAGGACAAGGAAGAAGCAAGCAGCUCUGCUGCUCCCACUACCGCCACCCUGCCCCUCCCUGGCGUUCCUGCCAUCAACGCUCCCGCUGUUCCAGCCCCUGCCAUCAAUGUCCCUGCCGCUGCCCCAGGAAUCACCACUGCACACGCUCGCUGCGCCGAAUGCGCCCUCGUGGGCUCAGCUAUGGCGUUUAACUUUCUCUUUGAGCUUGGCGCACUGUUGGAGACCUUUGAGCAUCAACUCAAGAGCAAGAGCGACAGCAACAGCAAGAGCAAAAGCAACAGCAAGAGCAAAAGCAACAGCAAGAGCAAGAGCAACAGCAAGAGCAAAAGCAACAGGAACAGCAACAACGAGAGCGAAGGAGAUGGACUCACGGGCGCCUUCGAAUCAUCAACAAGCACAACCCCUGGCCGACUUUCAAGCAUCGACGGAUGCAGACAUACGACAUGGUUCUUUUCUUCCUCCAGCAACUUUUGA